GCCUCGCCAUCCUACUCAACAUGUGGCUUCGUGAGGUCAUGGUGUGGGAUCCCAUCACCGGCUUACAGCACCGUGUGGCUUGUCGACGUGGGCUCAUGUUCGACCCGGAUAUCCACUGGGUGUACUGGCAGGCCGAGGUGAUAUGCGCCGAUGCCCAACAAGGGCACGCGCACGGCAAUUGCUUCUCGGGCCCGCUCAAAUUGGUCUUGAUCUGGGUCAUUGGAUUCACAAAAGCAUUCGCUUGCCUCUAUGAAUCCGCAUCUGGUUUAUGGGGAGACAUUGUCUCCAUGGAUUCUACAGAUUUCAUGUUAUGCAUAAGGCCUGGCAUCCUUGUUGGGAAUGCACUUUGCUGGGUGCUUUCUAGUGGUAAAGUCAUUGUGUUUGAUCUUCAAACUCAGCUCCUUGAUAUGAUCGAGAAGCCCGUAGACAGCCAUAUUAACACCGACUCCUAUGGAUUAGUUCAGCCCUUACGCACACAUGAUAACAGACUUGGCCUCGCAUAUUUGUCAGAUCUUACCAUCCAAUUAUGGGAGAGGAAAUCAAACUGUAAUGGUGUUGUCACAUGGGUGUCUCUGCAGAAAAACAUCCAGUUGGAGGAGCUCUUUCCAAAUAGAAUGUUUACUCACUUGAAAACGAUAAUCACACUGGGUUAUGAUGAAGACACAAAUGUGAUUGUUCUGUCUACGGUCGGUGGCGUCUUCAUGCUCCAACUUGAUUCCAUGAAGAUCAAGCGUAUUUACAAAGGAGCUGGAAUAUGUUAUGACAAUUUUCAUCCAUACAAGAAUUUCUAUACUGCAGGCAGGGGAGUUGGAUUGGAACUUGGUCAAUCUGGAAAGGUGAACACAUGAGAUAUACAAAUAUGUUAUCUUGGUUGAACAAGUGAGGCAAUGCAAGACCAACAUCCACAAGGAGACAUGUCAAAAUAGAGUGCCCUGAUUUUUUUUCCUGAAUGGGUCCAUGCUACAUUCAUGUGAUGUUCCGUUGAACUGCAAAGAGUAUUGACCUGGGAAAAAACAUGUCAAUGUAUGUAUUUUCUUUGACCUGAAAAAACGUCUUGAUGUAUGUAUUUUCAAAUGGUGGUCCAGUUCUGUAUCUCGCCAUCGAAUAUUUUGUUGUUUCGAGUAACACUAAAAUAUGUUUCUAGUUUUGGAUAUUGAAUUUCCGACAGUCCAUAAAUUACCGAGUU